CCUCUCCUCCACAACCAGGCCAGGAGAGCUGGGGCUGUCCAUCCUGGAGAGAAGCAGGCCUCAUCGAGGCAUUCCAGUACCUGAAGGAGGCCUGUAGGAAAGGCAGAAUGAUUUAUUACAUGGGCAGAGACCGAUAGGAAAAGGGGGAAUGGUUUUAAGCCAAAUGUGGGGAGAUUUAGAUUAGAUACUAGGGAGAACCGUGAGGGUGGUGAGAUACUGGAACAGGCUGCCCAGAGAAGCUGUGGAUGCCCCAUCCCUGGAAGGCCCCAUUCCAGGACAGGGCCCUGAGCACCGUCAUUUAGUGAAUGGGGUCCCUGCCCAUGGCAGGGGGUUGGAACUAGCUGGUGAAGAAUUCAUAGAUCUCACAGGUGAAUCUUCCGAGCCAAUCUAACUGGUGAUAGUUCUGUUGUGCAGCAGGACUAAAACCAGCAGCACCCGCUUGUUUCCAGAGCAGCAGACAAUUCAGUAGUGCUACCAAUGAGUGACACUGAAGAGGAACCAAGAGAUAAUAAUGGCACAUGGCCAACAGGUGCUGUUAGUUCUCCGGUUUGGGUGGAUAUGAACUCAGAGCUUCCUGAAGAGUAUAUACAACAAAUGAGAAAUCUUUCACUAAGAAGCCAUCAACAGUCAGACAGUUCUGUACUGAGUAGAGAUGAUGAAGAUGAAACAACAACAAAUGAUAUGUAUGGGACUGCUACAGCAUCUGAGCAACAGGUAUCACCAGAAGCGCAAACUGCAAAUUCAGAUCUGUUCUCUCUAGUGCAUGGCCACCAGGGACUAUUUGGUGUCCAAUUUGCAUGGAUUUGUACUCAAAGAUCCUGCGAAGUGAACGACUGGUUUUGUCAACCCUGUGCGGCCAUAUCUUCUGCAGUCAGUGCCUCCCUGUUGCCAUUGAGGUUACCGGGGCUUGUCCAACCUGCAGCAGAGAACUCACUCACAGACAAUAUCAUCCCAUUUAUAUAUGAGUACUUCUGUUUCUCAGCACAGAUUCAGAUGGAUUUUGGUGAAUAGGUGGUGGAAAGGCUUUUUGCUUCAUGUAUACAGUUCUCGUUGUAUACAGCUCCAUUUUUUUCCUGAAUUUAAUUCUAAAUGAAUUGUUGAUUUAAGUAUA